CCGUCACGUGAGCGCAGUGCGUGUCACGUGACUCGCCGCCGCCGCCGGGUUCCCUAGUCGCCCGGAGCGAGCCGGGUCCGCGGCCGCCGCCAUGUCGAGCUUCCCCGAGCUCUACUUCAACGUGGACAGCGGCUACCUGGAGGGGCUGGUGCGGGGCUUCAAGGCCGGCGUGCUGAGCCAGGGCGACUACGUGAACCUGGUGCAGUGCGAGAGCCUGGAGGAUUUGAAGCUGCACCUCCAGAGCACGGAUUAUGGGAACUUCCUGGCCAACGAAGCCUCCCCCCUUACUGUGUCUGUCAUAGAUGACAAGCUGAAGGAGAAGAUGGUGGUGGAGUUUCGUCACAUGAGGAACCACGCGUAUGAGCCAUUGGCGAGUUUCCUGGACUUCAUCACUUACAGCUACAUGAUCGAUAACGUCAUCCUGCUGAUCACCGGGACGUUGCACCAGCGCUCCAUCGCGGAGCUGGUGCCCAAGUGCCAUCCGCUAGGAAGCUUUGAGCAAAUGGAAGCUGUGAAUAUUGCUCAGACCCCUGCAGAGCUCUACAACGCAAUCCUGGUGGAUACGCCCCUGGCUGCCUUCUUCCAGGAUUGCAUAUCCGAGCAGGACCUCGAUGAAAUGAACAUCGAAAUCAUCCGAAACACGCUGUAUAAGGCAUACCUGGAAGCCUUCUACAAGUUCUGCAGCAUCCUGGGCGGUACAACUGCAGACGCCAUGUGUCCAAUCCUGGAGUUUGAAGCGGACAGGAGAGCCUUCAUCAUCACCAUUAACUCGUUUGGCACGGAGCUCUCCAAAGAGGACCGAGCUAAGCUGUUCCCGCACUGCGGGAAGCUCUAUCCUGAGGGCCUGGCCCAGCUAGCCAGAGCAGAUGAUUACGAGCAAGUCAAAACAGUAGCUGACUACUACCCUGAAUACAAACUGCUGUUUGAAGGAGCCGGCAGCAACCCUGGAGACAAAACCCUGGAGGACCGUUUUUUCGAGCAUGAGGUGAAGCUGAACAAGCUGGCUUUCCUCAACCAGUUCCACUUCGGGGUUUUCUACGCCUUCGUCAAGCUGAAGGAGCAGGAGUGUCGCAACAUCGUGUGGAUUGCCGAGUGCAUCGCCCAGCGGCACCGCGCCAAGAUCGACAACUACAUCCCCAUCUUCUAACCGUCCUCGGCCCUCCUGCUGCCGGUGGAGCCCCGUGGAACUGCCCUUCCCCCCCAGUACAUUCCGAAUCAUCACUAGUCCUCGCUCCGGGGGCGGCUCCUCUCUGGAACGGGCUCGGAUGGAAACUGGCCAGUCUGUUCCGGAGCUGCCGUUGUUUGUGUGAGUUCUGUGCGCUGUGAGGGGCCAGCGGGGCCUGGGACAGGCGCGGGGCCGGUGCAGCUAUGGAGCACGAGGGCUCCAGUCCACGUAUUAUAAUUGUACCUGUGUCACUGUACUGAUCAGCUGUGUGCGCUUCACCGAGCGAGCCAGUGCUGAUCUCUGAGGGAACUGGCAUCUCUCAGCCAGUAACUCCUUGCUCUUGAGUGACUCGUUAGAUAUGUGUUGCCUGAGUUGAAAUGUCCCUGUACCAAGGCUGAGAUCCGAACUGUCUAGCUCCAGGAAGUAUUGUCCCCAGAAGCUUCAUGUGAGUGUCUCUCUUGCCACCCUUAGUGUAGCGGAUGCUGCUGUUUAAUUCCUGCAUCAUCUUGUGUCUGACUCCUGCGAGGGCAGAAAGCCGAGCCGCCCUUGUCCCAAGAGCUGAGGCGGAAGCAGAGGUUCCUGCUGGCUAUUGCAGGGCUCUGAGCAGCACGCGGUGGCUGUGUCCUUCCCCCCGUCACCAGGCGGCACGUGCCCCCCAUGGCCCUGCUGGUGCUGAGGCAGACCAGGCACUGAAGUGGGGACCUGGCCAGCAAAUGCCUUUGCCCCAGAAAGAUUCUUGCUAAUCUGCCCUCAACCUGGGACCAGGUAGCGAGCGAGGCUGGCCCUGCAGUGGCUGUGGGGGCAGUACGUGCCUACUGCUGAGUGCAGGUGCUAGCCAGCCUGUCCAAGCCCCAUGGCUCCCCCCGGGUGCCCACCAGCUGCCACUCUUCUUCUGGGAGCCCCUGGCCUCUGCCCAUUCCUGGGGGCUCUGAGCUGGCUGGCCUGCCGGGCCGGCUGCCUGUAACCUGGGAGCGGCCCCCUGCUUCCUAUACAAACUGCAGUGACAUGUCCCUGUGUGCAGUGAGCAGGCACCACACUCCCACGGUUAGGAGCACGUGUCCCCAUAACCACUGCAGGCUCAUUCCCAGGCUCUGGGGGCAGGGGCUUGGCUGGCGGCUCUGUUUGCCCAGGUGGUAAGAUGGUCAUUCAAAGGGAUCCAGACGGCUAUUGAAGUGACCUGUUGCUCUUUCUAGGCCAGGGCUUUCUGGGAAGCUGCCAAACCCCAUCCCACCCAUGCUGGGCGUCUGUCACCAACACUGGGGUGUUGGCGGGCAGUGCAGGUAGCGGCCUCGGCCUGUAACCGCCCUGCGCAGGUGGGCUGGCUCGAAGAGCGCGCCUGCCUUCAGCGACAUGGGUUUUGCAGCCCGUUAAUGGAAGUUGAGAUUGGGGGAGUGGGAGACCUGAGGAGCAUGGGCUUGGAGCGUCUCCUGCCUUCCCUGCUGCUGGCUUUGGGUCGCUGCUGCUCUGCGCACGGAGGGAGGGAAAGGGUGACUUCUGGUGCCCUUAGCUACCACCCGCACACACACGCUCUCUGCUCAGAGCCCCCUUGGCCCGUGCAGAGCUCCACCCUUCUUUUCAGUCUCUGCUCUGCUGCUCCCUGCAGUCAGGUUCCUUGGCAUCCAGCUGAAGGUUGCUGGAAUUGCCCUGUCCCCAAAGCAGGGUGCUCAGCAGGCUGGGGGUGGUCGUGGUUCCUGGCCAGGGCCUGGCUUGCUCCAAGCUGGCACUAGACGGCUCUAUCUCCACAGCUUUGUGCUGCUCCCACGUGCAUGUGUAGGAGACGCGUAAGAGCAGGCUGGACGCCCUGGCCUUGCUGCUCUGUCACUGCAGAAUGGUUUGCUGUCCUGGCUCCCCUCCCCCGUGACAAUAAAUAUCUGCCUAAAGCAC